AUGGCGAUCCCCGCAAAACUCCCCUUCUCCAAACGGCGGCUCCGACCGCGUGUUGUUAUCUCCUACAUCUUCGACUAUGUGAUCAUUCUUGGCUGCGUCGCCGGCUUCGCGAUCCUCAACACCAUCGAGCCUUACCACCAACACUUCUCCCUCAACAACAUAUCCAUUCAAUAUCCCUAUGCCGUACACGAACGGAUUCCCAUGGCCUAUGCCGUCUGCAUCUCCAUUGGAUUUCCGGUCGUCCUUAUCCUUCUUUACACCAUGCUGAUCGAUGGUUUAUUCUCGCACAACAAGCCGCAAGACACGGCGUCCGGGAAGCGAAAAUUGAGAGGCCCGCAUCGCUGGAAGGAUAGACUGUGGGAGCUGAACUGUGGUAUUUUGGGUCUCUUGCUUGCGCAGGGUCUCGCCUUUGUUAUCACACAGGCGCUCAAGAACGCAUGUGGCAAGCCGAGACCCGAUCUCAUCGAUCGUUGCGAUCCGGCGUUACUGACAGAUGGGUUCCGGUCGUGGCCUUCCGGUCACAGUAGCUCUUCCUUCGCCGGUCUUGUUUACACAUCGCUCUGGUUAGGUGGAAAAUUACACGUCAUGGACAACCGCGGCGAAGCUUGGAAGGCCCUUCUCGUUAUGGUGCCUCUACUCGCAGCUACUCUUGUGGCCGUGUCGCGUAUCAUGGACGCGCGCCAUCACCCCUUUGACGUGAUCACCGGGUCUAUGCUUGGAAUCGCCUGCGGCUUCAUCGCAUAUCGCCAGUACUUCCCACCGCUCAGCGAAGCCUGGCGCAAGGGCCGCGCCUACCCAAUCCGAACCUGGGGAACUGAUCCUGCUGGCCCCGAUGCCGUCCGGUUCAGGAGCUCCAAAGGUGAGAGUUCGACUGCUCUCCGCAAUCCUGCAGAGGAGCCCGUCGAUGCACCCGAUAUCCCCGCCUCGGAACAUAUUAGACCCGACUCCUCUACCUAUCUUACGAACACCAAUCCCUAUGCGUCCAAUAUGUACAACCGCCGGCCGCAUGAUCAUGACAUUGAUGGUGGAGCUUGGUCAUCGAGCGAGGAGGAUGUCACCGGCGGGUACGAGAUGCGCCAUGGUUAUGCUAUGGGGCAGAAUCCCAACUCCAGUCAGCAUGUGCCUCGGUAUGACCCCAGUACUGCGUAUGUCUCUCAGACACAGCCGUUGACGGCUGAUGCGGGUAUCCAUACUCCGAUUGAUGUGACGGCGCGUCCGAGGCGCUUGUCCACCGGUAUGCCCGGUCGGGCCAUGUAG